ACUGGGUGACUGUCGAUCCAUUCGCAAUUUCGCACAAACAGAAACAACUGUGUGUUCCUACGAUGUUGUCGUCGUUCAGAAUCUCUCUGUUUCCCUCACUCUCAAGAACCCUUCACUGUCACUCUCGUAAUGCUCCUUCCAAAUUCAAUGUUGGUGAUGCAAUCUCCUCGUUCAAUCGCAUGCUCCAAAUGCGUCCUUCUCCACCCAUUAUCGAAUUUAACAAGUUUUUUACUUCCCUCGUCAAGACGAAGCAUUACGCCACCGCCGUUUCCCUUUCUCAACAAAUGGAUUUCAGGAGAGUUAUGCCUGACUUAUUCACUUUCAACAUCUUGAUCAAUUGUUACUGCCACCUAGGUCAAAUUACUUCUGCUUUUUCUGUACUCUGCAAUAUUUUCAAGAGGGGUUAUCAGCCUGAUACCAUCACCUUUAAUACAAUUAUCAAAGGUCUCUGUCUUCAAGGUGAGGUUCAUAGAGCACUGUGCUUUCAUGAUGAGAUUGUAGCACGGGGGUUUCUGUUGGAUCAGGUUAGUUACGGGACCUUAAUCAACGGGUUAUGUAAAAUUGGACAUACAGGACCUGCACUGCAAUUGCUCAGACAGAUCCAGGGAAAAUUGGCUCAACCUGAUGUGGUAAUGUACAGCACAAUCAUUGAUAGUUUAUGUAAAGAUAAACUUGUAAAUGAUGCCUACAAUUUAUAUUCUGAAAUGCUCGCCAAAAGAAUUUCACCUGAUGUUGUCACUUACACUACGCUAAUAUCUGGAUUUUGCAUUGUGGGUCAAUUGAAAGAAGCAGUUGGUUUGUUAAAUCAAAUGGUAGUGAAAAGCAUCAAUCCAGAUGUUUAUACCUUUAGUAUAUUAGUUGAUGCUCUAUGCAAGGAAGGAAAGGUGAAAGAAGCCAAAAAUGUGUUAGCUGUCAUGAUCAAAGGAGGGGAAAAACCUGAUGUUGUUACUUAUAGUUCUUUGAUGGAUGGGUAUUGUUUAGUUAAUGAAGUAAACAAGGCUGAAGAUAUAUUUAACACCAUGACCCGAAUGGAACUGGCUCCUGAUGUUCAGAGUUAUAGUAUCAUGAUUAACGGAUUAUGUAAGAUUAAAAUGGUUGAUGAUGCCUUGAAUCUAUUUAAACAAAUGCAUACUGAGAAUAUUACUCCUAAUGUUGUAACUUACAGUUCUCUUAUAGAUGGUUUGUGCAAGUCUGGGAGAAUCUCUGAUGCUUGGGAGCUUGUUAAUGAGAUGCACUCUAGAGGUCUACCACCUAAUGUAAUCACGUACUGUUCUUUAUUGGAUGCUUUAUGCAAAAACCAUCACGUUGACAAUGCAAUUUCUUUGAUCAAGAAAAUGAAACACCAGGGUAUUCUGCCAAAUGUUUACACAUACACUAUACUCUUGGAUGGACUAUGCAAAGGUGGAAGACUUAAGGACGCACAAGAGGUUUUUCAGGAUCUUUUAAUUAAAGGCUACAAUUUAGAUGUACGGACGUAUACCAUAAUGAUUAAUGGGCUUUUUAAAGACGGCUUAUUUGAUGAAGCAUUGGCAUUGAUGUCAAAAAUGGAAGACAACGGUUGCACCCCUGAUGCUGUAACAUAUGAAAUAAUUAUUUAUGCUCUCUUUCAGAAAGGUGACAAUGAUAAGGCAGAGAAGCUUCUCCGUCAAAUGAUUGCUAGAGGUCUAUUGUAAGAGUAAAACUAGUUUCUGUUCUCCUCUUCAAAUUCAGACCUGUUGCAAACUUGCUAUUAGCCUUUGUUUUCUUCCUCUUAAUCUUAAUUGGCUUAAUGCUGUGGAAGGGCUUGGCAGAACAGAGGUUGUGUUUGUCUAAGGUAUUAACCUAAGCUUUAUAGAACUGGUUUAUUCUAUGCUACUGAAUUUGAGGCUGUGGAAGAGCUUUCCGCGCCUGGAUUGAGGAGCCCUGUGAGGGUUGAAGAUUGAGUGGAAACAUAAAAAGCAAUGAUUUUGCAGCAUCAACACAACUAGAAACUUUAAAGAUGCCUUGAGGUCUUCACAUUGAACUUUGAAGUACAACUCAUUAGAUUGGAUGUACUUUGCCAUCAAAACAUUUCUCUUUCAUGUUAUUAGGGUGAAUCAAUUUAAUAAUUUUAUCAUUUUAUGUAA